UCUUUAAUACAGACUGACAAACAUUCAUUUGAUCAUGUGCGUUCCGAGUUUGAGAAUCGAGGAGAAGACACCGAGUCGUUUCGGCGCGAAUGUGCGCCGCGAAGUAAGAAGGAUCGACGAUCCGGUGGCUCCAGUCCCAAGAACAGAAAUUGUUACGUGCUCGCUCCGGCAGCGUGAUCCGAAUGCUCAUGCGAGUGACGAUCGGUCAUCCAGAGCCGAGAAGAGGAGAGACUCCGAGAGUCCCGUAGCGUUACUCAAGCGCGAAGAAGCUUUCUUCGAUGGACGGAUACACGCGUACGUAGACACCGAAGAACAGUGCCGUACGAAAAACUCACAAACGACAUAUCUUAUCGUUGCGCGUGAGGAAAAGAGAGGAACCUUGGAUUUCAUCGUGUUUCGAAGAGGGAGGAGAAGAGGGGGCGAAAGUGACGCGGCUGCCACGACGCUGCGCACGUUAAAAGGCGAAUGUCCGUCCAUGCGGAAGCGGAGAGACCCACGAACAAACAAACUCUAUAUAUACUCAUAAUGUGUUUUGCAACAAACUGUCUCAGCUCGAUUGCUUUGGAAGCUGGUUCUUUUCAUUUCACAUCCUCGACAAGAGGAUCUUCCGCUAUCUUCAAUAACUUAUUCCGUCAAAAACAUAAGUUGAGAAUUAAGAUAAUGAUGACAGACGUGCUCACGGCUUUGGUGUCAACAGCAAUGUUGACAAUUGGCGAUUUUUAUGAGAUUCCAUAUCUUUAUUUGCCAUGGCUCGUCGAUACCAUCGAAGGACUAGCUUUCUGCGAAGCGCCAGCUAUUUUUGGAUUCGCGUAUACCGUCUUGCCGGACGCAAACGUCUUCGCGGGAACGUUCAUAUUCUUUACGUUUCUUUUCUAUGUGGAAGAGCUGAUUAUUUGGAAGGACGUUUUCGUGAGGUUCAAACGUUGUUGGAUAAAUUACAACAAAAUUAACAAAAUGACUUCAACCUCGACGAAUAUGGCAAAUAAAGAAUCAGGCAAUAAGGAAAAUCUCAACGAGCAAUCUUCAAGAAAGUUGGAAGACUUACAGGAUUCCGCUGCUCCCGCCAACGUCAACAGUGAUUGCUACUUUUGCGAGCCAGCUCUGAAAGUCAUAAAAAACAAUUUGUCAAUCAAACAUCACCGCAGCAAGAGCCUGUUCACAGAAACAACUGGAUAACCUAAUAAAUCUAACACGCACGUCAACGUAUUUUUAUAUUUUUUUUAUUUGUAUAUGUUUUAACAAUUAGUGGCUGCAUCUACAGAAGCAUAACCGCCCACUGAGCGAUUAAUUAGUAAUUGUGAUUGGUUUAAAUUUAAAGAAUCAAUUACAUUCGAUUGCCACUUAACCGCUUGGCAAACGAUUGUGCUUCUGGAUGCAGCCAUUUGCAACUAUUGCAACGAAAAGAUACAAUAAAAGUUCAAAAACGUAAAAAACAAAGUUUAAGAAUUUCACACACACCUGUGUAUUCGUAUUGCAAUCUCUUCACUGUACACAUUAAAAAAAAAACACUGGUACCUCGGCAGAAAAAUGCCGAUUUUUCUCGAAAGCACAUAACAUAAUCGCGUGA